AGGAUCAAAUACAUAGUCAAGUUGGUCCAAUAUGGGGACACGCUCACAGAAGAUGAGCGGAGCAAAGCAGAAGCAUUAGUGGCAAAGUAUGCAGACAUUUUUGCCUGCUCACUGUGGGAGGUCAUUCCAGUCCUGGGAGCACAACAUUGUCUCGACAUACCAGAUGGCACAACCUUCAACCUUAGAGUUCAUCAGCGCGCACUCACCCCUCUGCAAACUCAAUUCCUCCACGAAUGA